AUGAAGUUACAAGACCUCCUCUGGCUGGGGAUUGUGCUGUUCCCUGCACCUCUCGCUGCGGCCGAAACUUCGGAAAUACUUGCCAUAAUGCGCGGUCUUCCCAGAGAUGAAUCUGGCAAGGGGUUUAUUCAUCUGGGCGAUGACGGCGUCCUGAGAUCCUUUGAUGGAGACCUGAAAGUCGUGGCUUAUCAACCACUGACCCCCGACCAGAUCACGGCGUACAUUGAUCGUACCAACGAAGAAAGACGCCCACAUCUCCGUGAAGUUUUCGAAGGGGUUGACGGUCGCGACGUCGUUGAUGAAGAGCAGCUUACAAACCCUGCGCCGGGACUGCUACCAGCGUUCAAGCCUGGGUCACUGCCAGAAGUCGAGAAGCCGACGAGGCGGAAUGAGCGCAGGCAUUCUGCAUCGGGCGGCGAUCUUGGGAAGCGUGUUCCAUGCAAUCAAAUUCUAUGUACCAAUGACAUUCAAUGUCAGGAUUCAUUCUGCUUCGGGUGUGAGGUAGCCGACUUUGCAUGGCUUGGUGCAUGUUUUUGA